AAAGCGGUGAAGGAGAACCAAGGUAAUCGAACCCGGAAGCGACCUUCUUGAGCCCGAAGCAAAAGGCACUGCUCAUCGAUCCGCCACCACGCCACAAAAUCCUCUCCUACUCCGGCAGUUCUGCUCGCCGCCGCCUCCACGAUGACGGAAGACGUGCAGAUGAACGACUCGGAGCCCCAGCCUGCGGCCUCAGCUCCCGCCGUCGGGGCGCCGGCGCUCUCCACACUACACCAUCUGAAGGAGAUCGCGUCCGUGAUCGAGGCCGGUUCUCUGUCCAAGGAGGUCCGCCGGAUCUCCCGCGCCUUCCGCCUCACCGUCGCGCUCCGUCGCCGCCUCGCCGCGCGGGACGUCUCCGCCUUCCUCGCCUUCGCGCUACCCGCGUCCUCCGAAGCCUACGGACGCCUCACUGCCCUGGUGCCCAAGGAAGAUGAUACUGAGAUGGAUGUUGAUGCUGCAGCUCCAGCAACUCAGAUUUCAAUCAAACAUGGUCUCCCUGAGAUUGAAAUAUAUUGCUACUUGCUCGUACUGAUUUUCCUUAUUGAUCAUAAGAAAUAUGAUGAGGCUAAGGCAUGCGCAAGUGUGAGCAUUGCUCGCCUGAAGAAUCUAAACCGGAGAACUGUUGAUGUUUUGGCAUCACGACUGUACUUCUAUUACUCUUAUGUGUAUGAGCUUACCAACAGCCUUGCUGAAAUCCGUGGGAAUUUGCUUGCUCUACACAGAAUGGCAACUUUGCAUCGUGACGAGCUUGGCCAGGAAACACUGCUCAAUCUCCUCCUUCGCAAUUACCUCCACUACAAUUUGUAUGAUCAGGCAGAAAAGCUUAGAUCAAAGGCACCUCGUUUUGAAGCACACUCCAAUCAACAAUUCUGCCGAUACUUGUUCUACUUGGGUAAAAUCAGGACAAUCCAGUUGGAGUACACCGAUGCUAAAGAAAGCCUCCUGCAAGCUGCUCGUAAGGCACCAAUAACAGCCUGUGGUUUUCGGAUUCAGUGCAACAAAUGGGCUAUCAUAGUGAGGCUGCUGCUUGGAGAGAUUCCUGAGAGGACUGUUUUCAUGCAGAAAGGAAUGAAGAAAGCUCUGAUACCUUAUUUUGAGCUCACAAAUGCUGUCAGGGUUGGGGACCUUGAACUGUUCAGGGCUGUUGCAGACAAAUUUGCAAGCACAUUCAGCGCAGACAGGACUCGUAAUUUGAUUGUGAGGCUGCGCCAUAAUGUCAUUCGAACUGGACUGCGCAACAUCAGCAUUUCUUACUCAAGGAUCUCCCUUGCUGACAUUGCUAAGAAGCUAAGACUAGACUCUGAGAACCCUAUUGCUGAUGCGGAGAGCAUUGUAGCCAAGGCCAUAAGAGAUGGCGCCAUUGACGCCACCAUAGAUCAUGCAAAUGGCUGGAUGGUAUCCAAGGAAACUGGUGAUGUCUACUCAACAAAUGAGCCACAAAUUGCAUUCAACUCCAGGAUUGCGUUCUGCCUCAACAUGCACAAUGAGGCGGUCAAGGCGAUGAGAUUCCCCCCUAAUUCUCACAAGGAAAAGGAGAGUGCUGAGAAGCGCCGAGAGAGGCUUCAGCAGGAGGAAGAACUGGCUAAGCACAUGGCUGAGGAUGAUGACGACGACUUCUAAGUUAGCUGCCUUUUGAGCAACUACUUGCAAUGUGGAGUUUGUUCGAUUUGUGAACGCCUGGUUCAAAGCAAUUCCCCUACCUCUAGUUACUCCAGUCAUGCAAACACUGAAGUUCAUCCACUGUAAUGUUGUGUCGAUCAGGAUUUUGUAUUAAUUCUAUACUUGAUUUUUAGUCCCCCUGAAUUGUUGAACCAGGGAAUUUACUCACCAUUAAACGGCUUUGUUUAUUUCUUUAAUC